GAGAGCGGCGGCUCUCUGGCAGCAGCUUCGUCCCUCCCGUCUUCGCUGACUGCGCCUCGGUCCCUGCUGCAGCCUGAGGGGCGCUGAGGAGAACAAGAAAUUUCGGAAGAGGCGCGGAGGAAGGAGCCCUCGGGAAACUGGGAGUCCCUCUCAUGCGUUGUUCCCCCUCCUGCUCUACCAUGAUCCAGGCUCUUCCCUGUCUCUGAGGAGAAAUUAAGAGGCAGAAGGGGGAAUUCAGCAGUCCGGUGGUUGCUAAGGCUGAGCAGCAAGAGGUGAACAUGGCCCAGGCGUCCGGUGAUCAAAGUAACGUGGAAACUGCUGACCCAGAGGAGAGUUCUCCCAAUAUGAUUGUCUACAGAAAGAUUGAAGACAUCAUUACAAGAAUGCAAGAUGACAAAACAGGUGGAGUUCCCAUCCGAACUGUUAAGAGCUUUCUGUCUAAAAUCCCCAGUGUCGUCACAGGUGCUGACAUUGUACAGUGGCUGGUGAAGAACCUCAGUGUUGAGGAUCCAGUGGAAGCAAUACAUUUGGGAAGUCUUAUCGCUGCACAGGGUUAUAUCUUUCCGAUCUCAGACCAUGUCCUUACCCUGAAAGAUGAUGGGACAUUCUAUCGUUUUCAGGCACCAUACUUCUGGCCUUCAAACUGCUGGGAACCAGAAAACACAGAUUAUGCCAUCUAUCUUUGCAAACGGACGAUGCAGAACAAAGCUAGGCUGGAGCUGGCGGAUUAUGAAGCCGAAAACUUAGCAAGACUUCAGAGGGCAUUUGCGAGAAAGUGGGAAUUUAUCUUCAUGCAAGCUGAGGCCCAAGUGAAAAUCGACAGGAAAAAGGAUAAAACAGAACGAAAAAUUUUGGACAGCCAGGAAAGAGCAUUCUGGGAUGUGCACAGGCCUGUGCCAGGCUGUGUGAACACCACAGAAAUGGACAUUAGAAAGUGUCGUCGUAUGAAAAACCCACAGAAGGUCAAAAAGUCAGUAUAUGGGGUUACUGAGGAGUCUCAACCCCAAAGCCCUGUACACGUGCCCUCCCAACCUGUACGCAAAACUACAAAAGAGGAUUUUCGAAAACAAAUAAAUUUUCUGAAUGUGCAGAUAGACAGGCAUUGUUUAAAGAUGUCCAAGGUAGCAGAAAGUUUAAUAGCCUACUCAGAGCAAUACAUGGAAUAUGAUCCAUUUAUAACUCCUGCUGAGCCUUCUAAUCCCUGGAUAAGUGAUGACGUGGCUUUGUGGGACAUAGAAAUGAGCAAAGAACCUAGCCAGCAGCGUGUGAAAAGAUGGGGUUUCUCUAUGGAUGAGGUGUUGAAGGAUCCAGUAGGACGAGACCAGUUCCUUCGUUUCCUGGAAUCAGAAUUUAGCUCAGAAAACCUCAGGUUUUGGCUCGCUGUCCAAGAUCUCAAAAAACAACCUUUACAGGACGUAACCACAAGAGUGGAGGAAAUCUGGCAAGAGUUUCUAGCCCCUGGGGCCCAAAGUGCUAUCAACCUCGAUUCCCACAGCUAUGAGAAAACAAGCCAAAAUGUUAAAGACCCAGGGAGAUACACAUAUGAAGAUGCACAGGAGCACAUUUACAAGCUGAUGAAGAGUGACAGCUAUGCGCGCUUCCUCCGUUCUAAUGCUUACCAGGAUUUAUUGCUGGCGAAGAAGAAGCCAGAGAAUGAGCAAGGUCGUAGAACUUCUCUAGAAAAGUUCACUCGCAGUGUGUGUUGCUGGCGCAGAGUGGCAGCUGCGUUACGCCCCAGAGGUCGCUACAUUCCAGCGGUGGGGAAAGUCUCUGGCUGGCAAGCGCCUCACAGGCCUGAUGCAGUCCUCCUGACAGCCUCAGCCGAGCGAGCCGCCGCCGACAGCGCCGGGGGAGAGCUGCCUGGGACCUCCACAGAGGACGUUUCGUUUUGGGGAGAAUGGGUCACUGUGAGAGAGAGGGAGUGAGAGCAAGGGGAGAGCGACACGCCGGAGACUCCUCUCUUCAUAGUUUACAUCAACACUUUCUUACUUGUACAGCUUUGUAAGGACACUGAGUUCUGUAAAGGUACUUUGUUUCCUACAUGGUUUUGGAGGAGCACACUGCACUGUACACAGACGGUCACCAAGGCAAGGGCUUGGUAUCUUAUUAUUUAAGAAACAGACCCAACCACAACUUAGAGAAAGAAGAGCUGAGAGAGAUCAGUAUUAUUCCUUCAUCUCUUCUCUCCCUGGUGCAAACAUGGCUGUAACAGAGGCACCGCAAUCCCAGUUGCUCCCUUUCUUGUGGCCAUCUGAACCCAAUAAAAUAUCUGCUGCAAGCUGCUUCUCCUUUUCACAAAAUAGCAAAUUCGUUUCUCCUGCAGAUUCAUUGACUGCUGCUUCAUUUUUCUUUCCUGUCUCUCCUCCUUUAAAAUAAUGAUUAGAAAAAGAAAAAAGGCACUAUUUAAGUUCUUCAUUUGCUGCCUUUCCAACAGCAUGUAGCAUGUCCAAAGUCAGCCAGCUCCUCAGCUGAAGUCAGCAGAGCGUGAGUGGUUUACAUCACCUGAGGAUCUGUCUCAUUGAGUCAAACUCUCAUCUUGGUGUAAAUCCUCUGGCACUGGUGGAAUUACUCUGCAUGUACAUUUAGUGCAAAUGUGGUCAGACUCUGCCUGAUGCUCAUUAAGUAAUGUUUUAGAUGUAUGAUACAAAUAUGCACGCACAUGCGCACACGCGCGCACACACACACACACGCAGAGUAUUUGAGAUGUUUUAUAUUGUACUUGAUAUUCUAUUUAUUUAAAAUUUUACAUAUUUAUUCAGUGAUGGAUGUUCAAGUUUUACUUCAAAUAGAUAGAACUGAACCCCUUAGAGGAAACUCUAAGUCCUCACAAUCACAGAGGGCCAAAUUCUGCUCCUGUUUUGUGGAGGAAAAGCUAAUCCUGAUGACCUUGCUUGAUUAAUCAGGAUAUGGGCAGGUAUAACUGAGAGCAAAAUUCAUUCUACACUCUGAGGAGUGAAUUCAUGGACAUGAGACUGGUGGAAGCAGUUUGUGAAUGAGCAGGGUUCUGAGUACCCAAUAACCCUUUCUGAACAGUAGCACAUCCAGUCAGGCCUUUGAUAUAAUUCUCAGAUAUCUGACUCAGUUAAGCAGCACCAUUUCUAAGAAUUAAAUCAUACCAUUUGAGGAAAAGAGCUUUCACUAAAACAUCUGACAUUUACCUGUGAAUACAACUGCAAGAGUGACCCAAUAGAUUGCUUUAAAAUGUUGGGACUGUGGAGGUUCAGAAUGAGGAAAAAAGUAACUUGUUUCAUGACAAAACCUGCAUAUAUUAGCUGCAGAUAUGGAAAAUGGACUGCAUUCACAUAUAGUGUAUUGUCUAUAUAAAAAAAUUCCAAGACUCACUUGA